GCGCUUGGCUAUUCUGAACAGAUUGAGGACAUGCUCAAUGAAAUCAAGUACAACGAGUACGUGAAUCUUGGCCAGUAUCAGGAGGAUAUUGACCUCGGGAGCUUCAUAAAGUUGUACAUCAACCAUAGGCCUGCCUUUGGGUUGAGUCCUGAGAAGCUUCUGUGGGCCUUCCAGACAUUGGCAGAGUCCCCAGAGCUGGGCAAAGGUGGCUACAUAGAGAGAGGAGACAUGCUGGACUUGUUGCAGAAGAAAGGAGAACACAUGACGGAGUACGAACUGGCUGAGCACCUGACUACACUUCUCGGCUUCAACCGCGAGGGCGGCAGUUGUGAACAGGAGCCGUUUGAUGCUGAUUCGGCUGGAAGCUACAUUGCUGAGAACCUGCCCUUCGACCUGAAUGCUGAGGUCUUCAUCAACGAGAUUUUGGGAUUCUCAAUGACGGUGGACCCACCUGCUGCAGAUGACACAAAGGAUGUGAUCAAAUCAGAGGCGCCUUAGAAAUGUAUUUUCUAUGGGUUUUUGAGGGGUUGGGUUUCUUCCUUCUUCAAAUUCAAGGCAAGACUAAAACAUGGAGACUUUUUAAAUUUCUGAAAUAGAAUAUAUAGACUACGAAGUUGCAAACUUGUGCAUCACAGAAUGAGUCUAUGGCGUAUCGGUGACAAAACACACAGUUUCCUUCUCUGUACAGCCAUCAAUUGUUUCACUGCUAUGGAAAAAUAUUUUUCUUGUUUAUGAGUGGAAUGUCGUCUUGCCUUGUGCUUCCCACAUAGAUAAAUAAAAAUCAUGAACUCUUUUGUCUUA